AUGGACAUCACCCUGCGGCAGCUCGAAUACUUCGUGGCCGUAGCCGAGCGCCUGAGCUUCCGGGCCGCGGCCGAGGCGUGCUUCGUUACCCAGCCGGGCCUGAGCAUCCAGCUAAAGGAGUUGGAGGGACAGUUGGACGUGCAACUGUUCGAGCGCAGCCGGCGCAGGGUCCUGAUCACCCCGGAGGGGGAGACGCUGCUGCCCCUGGCCCGGAGCAUCCUGACUCAGGCCGGCGAGCUCGUGGACACGGCUCGCAGCCUGACCCGGCCGCUAUCCGCCACGCUGCGGCUGGGGGUCAUCCCCACCGUGGCGCCCUACCUGCUCCCCAAGGCGCUGCCGGCCAUCCGCCGGCGGUAUCCGGAGUUGCGCAUCCUGCUGCACGAGGACUUCACGCACCGGCUGCUGGCGCUGUUGAGGGGAAGGGAAGCUGGACCUGCUGCUGCUGGCGGCCACCGGUUCGCCGCGCGCAAGCGCCUGACCGAAGCCGACCUCGCCGGCGAGCAGGUGCUGCUGCUGGACGACGGCCACUGCCUGCGGGACCAGGCCCUGGAGGUAUGUCAGACCGGAGGUGCCAGCGAGGUAGGCGACUUCCGUGCCGGCAGCCUCAACACGCUGGUGCAGAUGGUGGCGGGCGGCAUCGGCAUCACCCUGCUUCCGCAGCUCGCCCUCGAGGUGGAAUGCCGCGCUCCCUCGUCCAUCGUCAUCCGGCCCUUCCGCAAACCCGAGCCCAGCCGCACCAUCGGCCUGGUGUGGCGAACGAAGUCACCCGCCUCGGAGACCGACAAGAUGAACAUUACCCUGAGUAUUGACGAGGAAAUUGUGAAGAAGGUCCGCAAGAUCGCUGUCGACAAAGAUACCACGCUGACGGCGAUGGUCAGAGAGUAUCUGACAUCCGUCGCCAACCAUGACCUCGCCCAACGCACAGAGCACGUAGCUCGGCUGAAAGAUGCUCUUCAGAGAAUAGGGGAGUUCAAAGCGAAGGUAGCGCUGGAGGCACUGCGCGGGGACAAGACGAUCCAGGAGAUCGCGGUGCGGCACAAGGUUCAUCCGAACCAAGUGAGUACCUGGAAGCAGCGGGCGGUGGAGGGGAUGAAGGAGGUCUUCACGAAGGGGGCGGAGCGGGCACGUGGGGACCAUGAGGGGGAGAUCCGGGACCUGCACGCGAAGACCCAACUCAAGGCCGCCCUUGAAGCGCAUCGAAUCAAACCCCGCCUUGACACCGUCAUUCACUCUCAAACCAGGGCUCACUGA